AUGUCAAAGAAGAACAAUAAAAAAGAAUCAACAACGUGUGUUCAAACAUGUUAUAACGCUCACAAAGAUAUUAAAAGUCACAACAUUGCAAUGAAAGCCGCAGCGGAAGCCAAAGAAGCUCAAGAUGCACAAAUGAUGGCGGGUGCACAAGCAUCACAUCAGGUGAGAGCUCAACUCGCGGAAAAAGCACAGCAAGCAUAUAGAGCGGCCGAAGCUGCACUAGCGGGAAAAUUAGCAAUGGUCGAACAAUUAGAACACGAAAUGAAAGAAGCUCAAGCCGUGGUACAAGAAGAAGCUUCAUCGUGUCAGCAAACUCAAUACAAUUUACGUGCCGCAUUGGGUGCUGCUGCUCAAGCGGGAUUUUUAUUAAAAACGCUGACGGGAGCAUUGCAAAUAUCUCAAACGACAUUCAUGUCGACGCAACAAGCAGCGGAAGGAGCACAGCAAGAGCUAGCAGAAAAAGCGGCACUCGUGGAAGCAGCAAAAGCACGAGCGGAUGCUUUGUGCAGGCAACUAACGGUUGCUAAAAACGAUUUGAACGCCAUAAGGCAAGCGACGUACAAAGCCGCGAUUGCCGCGAGAAAUGCGGAAGCGAACGCUGCCAGAGGUAGACGACAAAUCGAACGGAAAAGGCGAAAAACUAAAAGAUCCAGUAAAAUCAUACAGUAUAUCAGAAAAUGA